GGAUUGGUGUGCAUGGUGGUGAGCCUGUUUGCUCUUCUCUCCCCUAUCCUGUAUGACCAGUUCCCACUCUUCAUGGGAGUUGCUUUUGUCCUCUCUGGAUCUCUCACUGUGGCUGCCCGGAAAGGAACACGUUUGAGUCUGAUUAAAGGGACUCUGGCUGUGAAUGUUGUCAGUGUUCUUGUGGCUCUGGCUGGGGUUGCCUAUAUUUGCAUGCUGCUGACUGUAAAACAUGAAGAUGGUUUCUGCACCGAAACUGACGACAACUAUACUUCCGAUUCCAACCAGAACAGGAUGAAGGAAUGACAGGAUAAAGGAAUGCACAAGCAUGGUUAGGACAAUAUAUAAAGUCUUGAAUGGGGUAAAGGGCCUACUGCUGGUCCUAACGGUGAUGGAGCUCUGUGUGGCCCUCACUGUCUGUGUCUUCUCUGGGAAAGCCAUUCACCUCCGUGGGUACUACAGCCUGAGCCGUGGCC